CAACCACCAACCCGACCCGAUCCGACCCGACUCGAUCACUCCAGACGACUCGCCACGAUCACAUUCUCGCCAUUUUCAGUAGCUUCUGCGAGAGAGCGAGAGAGAGAGAAAGAGGGAAGAUGUCGCUGAGGCCGAGUACACGCGCGGAGCUGAGGAAGAAGAUCUACAAGACUGGAGUCGAUGCGGACGAUGCGCGGCGGCGGAGGGAGGACAACCUCGUCGAGAUCAGGAAAAACAAGCGCGAAGAUAGUCUCCUCAAGAAGCGUCGCGAAGGCAUGACGCAGCUGCCAUCUCUUGCUCCGGGCCUCGAUGCUUCCCAAAAUGCUGCCGCCGUCGAGAAACGGUUAGAAGGUGUCCCAAUGAUGGUUCAAGGUGUUUGGUCCGAUGAUCCUCAAGCGCAGUUAGAGGCCACUACUCAGUUUAGGAAGCUGUUGUCCAUCGAACGUAGUCCUCCGAUUGAUGAAGUGAUCAAAGCUGGUGUUGUUCCUCGUUUUGUGGAGUUUCUCGGAAGACAUGAUCAUCCACAACUGCAGUUCGAGGCUGCAUGGGCUUUGACCAACGUUGCAUCAGGGACCUCAGAUCAUACACGUGUUGUGAUCGAUCAUGGGGCUGUUCCUAUUUUUGUCCAGCUUCUUAGCUCUGCUAGUGAUGAUGUUCGGGAACAGGCGGUGUGGGCUUUGGGUAAUGUUGCCGGAGAUUCUCCAACCUGCAGGAAUCUUGUCCUCAGUUAUGGUGCUCUCAUGCCAUUGUUGGCUCAAUUAAAUGAAAAUUCUAAGUUAAGCAUGCUGAGGAAUGCGACAUGGACCUUGUCCAAUUUUUGCCGUGGGAAACCCCCUACACCAUUCGAUCAGGUGAAGCCAGCAUUACCGAUUCUUCGGCAACUUAUUUAUCUAAAUGAUGAAGAAGUUAUCACAGAUGCAUGCUGGGCUCUCUCCUACCUUUCCGAUGGGCCCAAUGAAAAGAUUCAGGCUGUGAUUGAGUCCGGUGUUUGUCCACGACUUGUGGAGCUCCUGGGUCAUCCAUCACCGACAGUUCUUAUUCCGGCCCUUCGAACUGUUGGAAACAUUGUAACCGGUGAUGAUACUCAGACACAGUUUGUAAUUGACAAUGGAGUCCUUCCACACCUCUACAACUUGCUCACCCAAAAUCACAAGAAAAGCAUCAAGAAAGAAGCUUGUUGGACUAUCUCCAAUAUUACUGCUGGGAAUAGAGUUCAGAUACAGGCUGUGGUUGAUGCUGGAAUCGUCCUUCCUCUCGUGCAUUUGCUCCAACAUGCGGAAUUCGACAUCAAGAAGGAAGCUGCCUGGGCUAUCUCCAAUGCCACCUCGGGAGGAACUCACGACCAGAUUAAAUUUCUGGUGACACAAGGCUGCAUCAAACCACUCUGUGAUCUUCUAAUCUGUCCGGACCCGAGAAUCGUGACGGUGUGCCUCGAGGGCCUCGAGAACAUCCUCAAGGUCAGCGAGGCUGACAAGGAGAUGGGAUUGAACGGAGGGGUGAAUCUCUACGCCCAAAUGGUCGAAGAAUCCGAUGGGUUGGACAAGAUCGAGAACCUUCAAACCCACGACAACAACGAGAUUUACGAGAAGGCUGUUAAGAUCCUCGAGAGAUAUUGGGCCGAAGAGGAAGAAGAUCAGAAUCAUCAGGACGCUAUGAACGAAAAUGCCCAGCAGGGUUUCAACUUCGGGAACAGUCAGCCCUCCGUGCCCUCGGGCGGAUUCAACUUCAGCUAAAGGGUACGCGAAUAUACGAAAGACGAAGCCGUUUGACCCGAAAAAUCUCGAGUUACGACUCUUGCAACUGUUUAUUUUACAUCCAUCCCAUCUUGUAUUAGCAUUGCCAGGUUAGAGUCAGUGUUUUUGAAUGAAAUUCUGGCGCAAAGGCUUCUCCCCUUUUCUCUUUUUCUCGCCUGUCUGAAUAUUCUCUCAAUCUCUGAAACCAUUUUUCUCUGUCUUGUGUCACUAGGAAACGAUCAAAAGCAUGUAUUUUGCCAUUUCUCUUUGUUGUGA